CUGGGAUAGUUAAUGUCGUCGACACGUUCUCUUUGUCAUUUACAAUUGAGACGACAAUCACAUUUACUGUGCUCUUAUCAGACCUGAGAACCUGAGACGCACUGUAGUCUGUCCGACUGUCGCACAUCUCUCAACAUGGCCUCGACAGACCGUGUAUUCCAGAUUAGCGGCACAUGUAACAAUUACGACUGGGGGAAGAAUGGCAAGUCGUCUCUCGCCGCACGCCUCUGCGCCCAGACAACUCCCGACUUUGCUGUCGAGGACGACAAGGUCUACUCCGAGCUGUGGUUCGGCGAUUACCCUGACUUUCCCGGUCGCGUUCUUACGACUGGGAAGCCACUUGGCGAGCAUCUUCAAAAGCACAAGGAAGUCCUGCUCGGGGACAAGGUGAUUCGAGAGUUCGAUGCGCAGUUGCCAUUCUUGCCUAAGAUUCUCUCUAUCAGCAAAGCUCUUCCUCUUCAGAUUCAUCCCAACAAGGAGCUCGCUUCCAAGCUACACAGCAAAGACCCGGACCAAUUUAGCGACCCCAACCACAAACCCGAGAUUGCUGUCGCCCUCAGUGACUUUGAGGUCUUCGCCGGCUGGAAGCCGCUCACGGAAAUCACACCCAUAUUCAACAACCCGGCCUUCCUCGAAUUCCUUCCUGACCCGAGCCUUCCUUCCUCAUCGUGGACUGAUGAUACCCUACGCGAAGUCACUCGCGCAAUCCUCCUCGCCGACGAGGCGACCGUUAAGCGAGCCCAAGGUGCCCUCCGAGCAAUGUCGAAGGAGGAACUCGGGGAUAACAGCUAUGUCCUGGACCUGCUACCGCGGCUGCAGGAACAGUAUGGAGACACCGAUCCAGGCAACCUGGUAGCUCUGCUCUGUAUGAAUUUCCUGACUUUAAAGCCAGGCGAGGCUCUGUACAUUCCAGCAGAUGGAAUACACGCCUACCUUAGCGGGGACAUCGUCGAAUGCAUGGCCAGAAGCAACAAUGUGCUCAACGCAGGUUUUUGCCCACGAGCAGACAGGAACAGUAUCGAUUUGUUUGCCGAGACGUUGACUUUCAAGUCGCACUCGAAGAACGAUGUUGCGCUGCCUCGGGAGCGGAGUGCAACGGGCAAAAACAGUAAAACGUGGGUUUACAGACCGCCUAUGAGUGAGUUUGAUAUGUUGUGCACCGAGCUUGAGAAUGGCGAGAGCGAGACAGUGAAAGCCGGAGACGGUCCCGGUGUUGCCAUAGUCACUGGUGGCGAAGGGAUACUUGAAGGGGAUGGAAAGAAGUUCAAUGUCAAGGCGGGGUGCAUCUUCUUUAUUGCACCGGAUGUUGAAGUGAAGUGGGCUAGCUCGAAAGGAUCUAUGCAGAUAUAUACGGCUGUGGUGUAGAUUGAGAGAAGUGAAGAUAGGC